CAAAGUCCCUCUCCGGCUAUAGCAUAUAUACUAUACCGCGACAACAAGUGAGGAAACUUCCUCUUUUAUGUUUUUUAGCAUAACCAUUUGCACUGCACCUUCUUCUUCUUUUCUUCCAUGGACGACGAUGAGUACUCGUCAUCUACUACUGCUCUUGUAUCUUGUUGCGAUGAUAAUACUCCGCACUACGCAUUCAGCGGUAAGCUCAUGCUUACCUCUGUUCUCCUUUUCUUUUUCGUCUGUUUUCUCAUUGUCUUCUUCCACCUUUACGCUAACCGAUUCCUCCUCCGCCGUGCCCGCCACCACCACGACAGACGCCGUCGCUACCGCCACCAGAUUCCGGCUUCACCAAUUGCAGCUUCUUCUUCUUCUCGAGGGCUUGACCCUUCGCUGCUAAAAUCACUCCCUGUUUUCGUUUACGACGCGGAAUUUUACAAUCCUCCAAUCGAAUGCCCUGUGUGCUUGGCGGAAUUUGAAAAUGGAGAAACGGGUCGGGUUUUGCCCAAAUGUAAUCAUUGUUUUCACUGUGAAUGUAUUGAUAUGUGGUUUCAGUCUCAUUGUAACUGCCCGAUUUGCAGAGCCCCAAUUACGCCAUUGGUGAAACCGAUUAAAGUAACGGAAAGUGAAUUAGAUGGAGAAGAUGAAGUUGUUAUAAUGGUGGAUGAAUCUGUAAUCGAAGAAGUACAGAACUGUGAAUCGUCGCAGUUUGACGAUGGAAGAAAAUCUAUUGGGAUGAUUGUUAUUGCUGCGAGUUGAUUACUUAUAUGGUCACUCAACUAAUGAAAAUUGGGCAUGAAAAUCGCUCUAAUUUCCUUUUUGUUGAUGGUGUUUUUAUUGCAUUCCAAUUCCAUUGUUAAAAUAUCACCUCAAUAUAUAGUUAUGUGACUUUAGUGUAUAAUUUUUAUUAAUUGAGUGAUUGUUUGAACAAUUGUUUAAUACUCUUCGAUGCUAUUUACAAUUGAAGAUCAAAAGGUAACACGAAAUAUUUCCUCCAUCCAAUA